UAUUAUUAUUGAAUUUUUUUUUUUUAUAAAAGUGGACACUGAACAAUACAGACAACCCCCCCUGACAGCCCUGUAAUUUUUGUAUUGUAUGUCUGUCUAAAUGUGGUGGGAUUUGUUUUUUGGGUGGUUUUUUCUUUUCUUUUUUUUUCCCUCCAACCUUUUUUUUUUUCUUUUUUUUUUUCUUUUCUUUUCUUUUCUUUCUUUUUUCCAAAAGAUUUAUUAUGAAGUAUUGUUAACUAGCGAGUCAUUUGUACAUGAGUUCGCAGGUCAGUUAAGGCGCUAAAUAUCUUGUGAAUGAUGUGGAAGUCUGUGCAGUCUGUUUUCUUGGAGGCAUUUAUGGAACUCCAUUUUAAUGCAGUUGGCUCUAGUCAGAUUUUUGUUUGAACUUCCAGUAGUUCUGUCUUUUCAAACACAACCUGACCUUUUUAUUAGGCUUUUUUUUUUAAAUCUGCUUUACCACUGAAGCACUUUCCUAAGAGAAUCAUGUAUCUCUUGGAAUGAUUAUAUAAAUAUUUUAACAGCAAUUCUUUGUUUGGUUAUAUUAUUUAUAGCCAUAGAUUUUUCCUCAUUGAUUGGAGAUCAGUUCUACGAUCUUCCUUUCAUGUAACAGACACAACUUCCUGACGCAGACUUGUGUGGUGGAUGUAAAUUUUUUUUUUUUUUUUUUUUUUUUUUUUUUUUUUUUUUUUUUUUUUUUUUUAUAUUUGAAGUAUUCUUUAAUGAGAGACUUGGGACUCUCCAGUGUCAGCACUUACUUAGGAGUCUAUAGGACAAAUAACUUUUUAGUGAAGAAACAACUGUUUAUAGCUGCUAUAGCAUAAGAAAUAACAGGAACUCGUCUCAGUCUGUCUACAACACUAAAUGUAACGUUGAAAGUAUAAUGUCCCGUUCGUUAAGAAAUUGAAAACUCCACUUGUUGGCAAAUUGCUGUGAUUAUAAGAGGAAUUGAGCACAGGGGGACUGUUCAGGUGUUCCCAGCUGUUCAGGUUGAGAAAAAUAGCUCUGCUUCACUUGGGCCACAUCACACUACCCUAUUGGUAACUAUUUUCUAAUAAUGGCAAUACCCCCCAAGUGUUUUAUUUCUUCUCUUCAUCUUCAGCCAGUUUUCACUAAAUGAAUUUCAAGACAAUUGUCAUAAAUUUCUGUGUAUUGCAUCUGAUACAAAUUUGAAUAUACAGUAUAUACACUGUCAGUAUUCAUAAUACAUUUCACAUUUAUUUAAAAAUAGCUUUACACUUUCAUUUGAUCAAGUAAACCUUAAUCUGAAGCUGACCAUUUUUCUUGAGAAUUGGUAAAUGACAAUAAAUUUGAGGUAAAUAGCAUUCAAUAGUAGCCUAAACUGGAAACACAUUUAGCCAGUAGCUAACCCUGCCUGAUGUGCUGAAGAAGAAGAAAGUCACUCAAAAAAUGAAAACACAGUUUUGUUAGCAUUUUAUUUUGUUAGUUAUAUAAUAUCAGUGUUUUCACGUGUGAAACAAGGAUUCGUUGUUCUCUUUGGUUGAGUUGUUUGCAGUACUUUAAUUAAUUUACUAGCAGGUGUGUUAGCAUUUCUGGAGAAAUCAUGAGUUGAAACUAAAGAUUUAAGUCAGUGAACUUGUUUAAAACCUGGUCAGUGUUUUUAUUUGUGUAAAUAUCUGUUAGACUUGUUAGAACUUGUUUCACUUUUUCAUUAACAUAUACAUUUGUCUUAACAUACAUUUACACAUUGUUUCACUAAUGGCUAACCAAAUGCAGACUGCAUUUUUCUCUCGGAGCUCCUCCAACAUGGCGGCGCUGAUGACGUAUUUACGUGGCCACAGUGAAUUAAAAAAAAAAAUAGAAAACCUGCGCGAGCUGAGUUUCAGGUUGCUAGGCAACCGAGCACGCCAUGGCAGGACACACAGCUCUGAUAAUAACGGUGUUUAUUUAACCUCGACUUUAACGCCGGAAUGCUUUUAUGGAUCUGGGAAUGUUGACGACUAGUGUAAGCAAAUAUUUUUCGUAUUAUCUCUUCUUAACUCUUCUCUUAAAUAACAUUACAGCAGGAGGAAUAGCGAGCUGGCUUUUCUUAGACGCCUAGUUCCUUUAGCUGAAUUGGCUUUUGGAAAUAAUGCUAAUAAAGUAAUAUACUCUAUGUCUUAAUUUUCUCCUUACCUUUCUCUGUUUCACUCAUACCAAUUUUGAGUGCUUAUUUGUUCCCAGAAAAUGAUGAUAUAAGCAUGUAUAAAACCCGCUUUUGAACUAUAAUAUUUAAUACAAAUAAUUCAGACUGCAUUUAAUUUUUCCAAAAUAAAAUGAGUUAAGGGUCUCAAAAUGGCAAAAAAAAAAAAAAGUAAAUAAGAAUGUAUGAAUGAAUAGCCUAAAUAAGUACGUAAAUAAGUUUUUUUUUUUUUUUUUUUUUUUUUUUUUUUUCAGUAGUACAUAAAUAAAAGAAAUUCUUAUUGCCUAAACUAGUCUUUGGAGGACAAUAAGUAUUUUGUUAUAAAGCAAAAGAUGUAUGUAUGUAUGUAUAUAUGUGUGUGUGUGUGUGUGUGUGUGUGUGUGUAUAUGUAUGUAUGUAUGUGUAUAUAAUGUGUAUAUGUAUGUAUAUAUAUGUAUACGUGUGUGUGUACAUACAUACAGUUUAGAAACACUCUUUCUUUCUUUCUUUCUUUCUUUCUUUCCCCCCACAUUUUAGAAUAUUAAUAAAGUCAUCAAAACUCUGGAAUAACAAAUUGAAGUAUGGGAAUUAUGUUGUGAUAAAAAAUCCAACAUAAAUCAAAAUAAUUUAGUAUUUUAUCAUCUUCAAAGUAGACGCGCUUUUUGCCGAGAAUUUCCAGAAACGUAUUCUUUCAUUUCCUCACCAGAUUUCUUGAGGAAUUUCCCUGAGAUGCUUUUUGAACAGUAUUAAAGGAGUUCCCACCUACGCUGAACACUUAUCGGCUGCUUUUUUAAAUACUUCGCUCCGAGUCCUCCGUUUAAAUAAAAGCAUCUUCUGCAUAUUUGAGACCUUUCCAACAGAGACUACAUGAUGUCAAGAUCCGUCUUUUCACACUGAGGACGACUGAAGGACUCGUACACGACUAUUACAAAAGAAAAAAGCCAAGGUUCUCUCAUACGCUCUAGGAUGGCGUCCGAGUCGGUGAAGGUGGUGGUCCGAUGCCGGCCUCUGAACAACCGAGAGAAGACGCUCAACUGUAAGAUGGUGGUGUCUGUUAAUUGUAGCCACUGUCAAUGUUUCAUCGAGAAACCAGGAGCCGCCGAGGAGCCGCCCAAGCAGUUUACAUUCGACGGGACAUACUUCAUCGAUCAGACCACUGAGCAGAUGUACAACGAGAUUGCAUAUCCUCUGGUGGAGGGGGUCACUGAAGGAUACAAUGGCACAAUUUUCGCUUACGGUCAAACAGGAAGUGGAAAGUCAUUCACCAUGCAGGGUGUGUCAGACCCCCCAGCUCAGAGAGGGGUCAUACCAAGAGCUUUCGAGCACAUCUUUGAGACCAUCCAGUGUGCAGAAAACACAAAGUUCCUUGUGCGAGCCUCCUACCUUGAGAUCUACAAAGAGGAAAUCAGGGACCUUCUGGGGAAAGACACCAAACAGAAGCUGGAGCUGAAAGAACAUCCAGAGCAAGGAGUGUACGUGCGAGACCUCUCCAUGCACACGGUGCACAGUGUGGGGGAGUGUGAGCGGAUCAUGGAGCUGGGCUGGAAAAAUCGCUCGGUGGGAUACACACUCAUGAACAAAGACUCUUCUCGCUCACAUUCCAUAUUCACCAUCCACCUGGAGAUCUGCAACAUAGAUGCUGCUGGUGAAGAUCAUUUACGCGCCGGGAAGCUCAACUUGGUGGACCUGGCUGGCAGCGAGCGCCAGUCUAAGACCGGUGCCACAGGAGAUCGUCUUCAGGAAGCCACCAAAAUCAACCUAUCCCUGUCAGCACUGGGCAACGUCAUCUCGGCACUGGUGGACGGACGCUCCAAGCACAUCCCUUACCGCGACUCCAAGCUUACUCGCCUUCUUCAGGACUCCUUAGGUGGCAACACACGCACUCUCAUGGUGGCCUGCCUCUCCCCCGCUGAUAACAACUACGAGGAGAGUCUGAGCACACUGCGCUAUGCCAACCGCGCCAAGAGCAUACAGAACCGUCCACGUGUCAACGAGGACCCCAAGGAUGCACUCCUGCGCCAAUACCAAGAGGAGAUCAAACAGCUGAAGGCGCUCAUCUCCGGACAGCUCGGGACCGCAAGCCUCGACUCUUUGCUAGCAGGUCAGAGGUCACAGGGGAGCACAGGCAUCCACUCCAGACCACAGAGCAGCGAGAAGGAGAAGAUUAAAGAGGAUUACGAGGAGAAGCUUGCCAAGCUGCAAGCGGACUACGACGCAGAGCAGGAAUCCAAAGCUAAGCUACAGGAUGACAUUGCAACCUUGAGAAUGUCUUAUGAGACCAAGCUGUCAAGCCUGGAAAGAGCAAAAGCUACCCGAGCAUCAGAUGACUCCACCAUAGAGGUCAGUCCUGUCAACGGAGCCACAGCAGAGCCCUCAGAAGCUUCCCAAGACAUGUUACAGGAGAGCGAACAAAGCAAGGGAGUUAUUAGAGCAGGUCCAGGGGGAGAGCCUGGAGUUCCAGAGUCAGAGGUCGUUGCUACGCCAGACCCACUGGAUCAGAAACAUGUUUUGGAAAGGCUUCAUCAUCUGGAGCAGGAGUUUGUCGGGGGAGAGCAGGCGAGAAAUGAGGAGCUGAGGCAGCGGAGGAGGCAGAGGAAGACUCUGGCUAACCAGAGGAAAAAGCAGCUGAUCGAGGCUUUGAGUCAGUCCAACGAGGACAGUGAUGCCGUGCUGCUCAACGUCUACGACUCCAUCCAGGAGGAGGUACAUGCCAAGAAUAGACUGCUGGAGAACACGCAGAGCAAGCUAAAAGCUGCCAAGUUGGAGAUCCGAGAUCUGCAGGUGGAGUUUGCAGCUGAGCGUGAUGACUACCUGGCCUCCAUCAGACGUCUGGAACGUGAAACGCAGUUACUGCAGGGCCUCCUGGAGCGCAUGGUGAUGCUGGUGCGCAGGGACUGCAACUACAGCAACCUGGAGCGCCUGAGGAAGGAGGCGGUGUGGGACGAGGAGAGCGGCAUGUGGAGGCUGCCCGAGGUGCUGGUGCAGAAGACAGCGCUACCUGCAGCAGUGCCUCUAUCGGCAGCCAACAGCUCUUCUAGACUCCCAGGACGCAGGAACUCCGACUCGGACCCAGCAGAGCCUUUCCUGGAGGAAGAGGACCGUUAUAAGGAGAUGCUGAACCGCAGUGACAGUGAAAACAUUGCUAGUAACUACUUCAAGAUGAAGAGAGCCAAUCAGCUUUUAUCAGGAGAGUCCAAAAAGAACCUCGCCAGUCACUCUGCUGUUCCAGGAAAUGGCCCGUCGCACCAAAACUCCUGCGGAACAAACCCCACUGUGGAGGCCCUCCUCCCGCGCCCGUUUCGCCUGGAGUCUCUGGGAAUCAUGCCUGCCAACAGCAAAGCCAAGAGAAAGAAGAGCAAGAUCUAUGUCUCCUGAGAUGGUAUCUGAUCUUCCAUUUUACUGUCUUCAGGAGUAAACAGUAUGGCUUACUCGUGCACCUUGCUGUAUUUAUGUUAUAAGUUCAGAGUGAAGGAGUAACUCUUUUCAUCAGGGCUCUCUUUAUUAACACGUGUUUACUGCAUAUGCACAUUAAUGUAUGUUUAUAUGUAAAAAUUUACCUUCACUAAUUAGUGGUUAUUCCAUCCAUGACUAUAAGUCCAUUUAAUGCCAAAAAUAAUUUAUUACAGCAUGUUAUUAAAUGUUAAUAAUUAACCAAACUCAGGUCAGAUCAGUUGGUGUGAAUGUCCAAAGUCUCCCUUAUCAAUUCUGCCAAUUAAUCAUCACAUGCAUUAAUUAAGACUUGACUAGUCCUAUUGGUCAUUGUGGGUUUAUUUUUACUCGUGGCUGGAAUAAAUAUUAAUGCAGGUGUCCAUUGUAGGGAUGUUCCGAUACCAAAAAUCUAGUAGUCGGUACCGAUACAACCUAAAGUACACGAUACUCGAUACCAAAGUCGAUACCACGGUGUGGUAUAUAUAAAAAAAAUAAAUAAAUAACAAAAUUAAAAUCUCCUGGAGGACAUCCUCCUCUGGCUAAUACUAGCAAAAAGAGAGAGAGGGGGAUAUUUUAGUUACUGUCUGACAGUGACUAAUAAAAGAGUGCUAAGUGCUAAUAACAAGUGCUAAGGUGCUCUCCUAAACGUGCGCACGCAUACACACGCACAGAAAAACACCUACGUUAUACUCUGAAUGCAAGCAUUAGUUUAAAUUCACUGAUAUGGUGGCAGGUCAAAAAGAUUUAUUAAAAGCAUGAACAUUUGAAUAAUUAUUAGUGACAUUAGGCUAAAUUUUGCUGACAGGACACGAUCUGAAUGGCGAUGCAUGGUGGCCCAUUAGGAGGUAGUUUAUAACACUGCAAUGCAAUAGCAUCAUUAACAAAUAACUGGCUAUCGCAAACAUUACAUGGAACAUAACGUUAGCUGGUUUUCACGGCCACAAUGCCAGCUGCCUCAAACAAACAUAACAUAGGACCGUCUUUCAGGUGCUUUGCCAAAUUCCAGGUGUUUCCUCGCUUUGUUUGAAAUGAGCGAUAGCAUCGGUUGCACACCGGCAACCGGCUUCCUUUCCUCCCAACGACUCGGGGCGGAGCUAAUAUUGUCGCCAUUUCUGUAGUUUUUCCCGUGUGCUUGUAGGCUGCUUCUUCUUCUUUACCACUUGUGGACAGACUAAAACAUUUACGCGUAUUUGCUGCCCCCUUCAGUUCCGGAAGAAUUGCGACAUCCGUACCUUAAUUACCCACGGUACUCACGAUACUGCAGAAAAACAAGUACCGUCACGUUUUAACAAUGUUGGCACCGACUUGGUAUCGGUUCUUGUGACAUUCCUAUUGUUUAUCUAAUAGAAUUCAUCAUUCAAAAAUCCAUCAGUGAAUAGAAGUGUUAAUAAUUUUGUUAAUAUCGCUGAUGAUGGACGAAGGCCAGUUCAUUGUUUGAUAAGUAAGGAAUUAAAUGGAGCAGUGCGAAGUUGAUUAUUAUCCAAUAACAGCACGUCCAAACGUCUUUUAUUCCCCUUAUCCGACAGAAAUUCUAC